GCCUCCGCACCGUCGACUCUGCGGGCUUCCCUUUCUCCUCGGCUUCCGGUUCUCCCUCUCACCCUCUCUGCUCCCGGUCCACCCGCAAGCGCGCGUCGCCCACCAUGUCGCACUUCGUGUCGCUGAGCGACAACAACCUGUACCGCAUGUACGAGUUGCUGCCGCCGCCGCCACGGUCCCUUCUCUCGCGCGCUCCCGAGGGCAUCCGCGGCGUGCUGCCCGACUUCAGCACCGCCGCCGACCCGGCAGGCGAGCUGCGCGAGUGGGCGCACCGCAUCUUCCACUGGAACCUCGACUUUGCCUGGCCGCACUUCUACGCCGGCACGGCCAUCAUUGGCGUGCUUAUCCUGCUCGUCGGCAGCAUCUUCGCACGGCGUCUCUGGGAGCACUCGCUCUGGGUCGUGCGCUUCGUGCGCACGCCGCGUGGAUGGCUCGCCAUUCCGAAUGCCAUCAUCAGCUUCGCCUCGAUGACUGGCCUCUUUGGCUGCCUGCUCAUCUCGCUGUUCUGGGUGUACUUCUGGUACUUCCACAGGGGCAUCGAGAACGGGCGGCCCACGUACGCCGUGCUCUGGCUGUGUGUCACGUGGACGCCGCUCUUCUGCGCCGCGCAUCUGGCAUCCUGGGGUCUGUACCACGCCGUGCCCAACUCCUUCUCGUCUGCGCCGGGCGAGAACGAGGUGCGCGGCCCCUUCAAGCGGCUCCUGCUCAAGCCCGCCACGCUCAACAUCUGCGGCGGCGUGCUGCCUUUCGUGCAAGCCGCCAGCGUCAUCGCACCCGGCGUCGUGGCUCAUCUGCAGUACGUCAUUGCGCUCGACGACUACGACAAAUGGCUUGCGCGCUACGGUUCGCAGACGGAGCUCAGCCAGGAGAUGCUCGUGGCCGCCCAACGCAUCUGGUAUGCCCAGCUGCGCUCGAUGAAGACGGCUUCGACGGCCUUCUUUGUCUGGGCCGCCUGGGCAUUCGUGCUCUUCUUCGUCUACAGCAUCCUCAGCUACCGCCUCAUCUCGGUGCUCUGGACGCAGAUCGCCGAGCUCGGCCGCAUCCACGCCAACCACAUGCGCCAGACGGUCCCGCUCAACGACGUCACGCCGACCUCGCCGGUAGGCACGCGGCAGAGCGUGCCCGUCAUCUCCUUCUCCGACGACAAGGACGAGCGGGGGCCGACCAAGAGCGGCAGCGACGCCACGGGCUCUCAUGACAACGAGCCGCGCCUCUCCGUCUCGACGGGCCGCGCUCCCUCGGAAGCGCCGCAGAACUUCUUCCCCUCGAUGCGUCCAUCGGCACUUGUGCACCGCACCGCGCCGAAGCACUCGCCGUCGACGAGCUCCAAAGAGCGUCGCUACCUGCAAGUCGUGCUCGUCCACGUCUGCAUUCAGUCCUUUGCCGUCGGCCCUGCCAUCCUCAUCUUCGACGCCAUCGCCACGUGGGUCGCCGCGACCAUCUACGGCAGUAGCGAAUGGCCCGAGACGGGCCUGGGCUACAUGCUGGCGCGCGUCAUCGUGGCCGCCUCGUGGACGUCGUGCAUCUUUGGCACGCUCACGCUCGUGGCCAUCUGGCAGCGCGUGUACGAGCCGUCGAUGGUCUUUACGGGCCUCAUCCGCGGCCAGACAGGCCCGCAGAGCAGCGACAAGGCCAAGACGGCACGCCGACGCAACGGCCGGCCGAUCAGCCGCACUGGCGCGCCAGGCUCGCCGGCCGGCGAGACGGGUGCCGGCGGCAUGCUCACGUCCCUCUUCGAGAGUGUCACCGUCGACCAUGGCGCCUGCGACGCCACAAUGCCGCGCAUGCCCGACUGGCAGACGCGCAGCGCCAUUGCGGGCCACACGCCGCACCGUCUCUCGGGCGGCGUCGAUGAGGACGACGAGCUGAGCCAGAGCGAGCACGGCGUCAUGUCCGUCACCUCUGGCGGGCGACACGGCAACACGCUCAGUGCCGGCGCCCUCUACCCGACGCCUGAGAUUUACAUGGAGCGCACCAUCGAGACGGUCGUGCAGCACUCUCGGCCGCGCGGUGGCAGCACGUCGCUCGACCCGCUCACCUCGGUGCACGUCGAUGACGACCUGGAAGCUGGCAUGCUCACCAGCAGCGAUGACGAGGACGGCCGCGGCUCUUCCUACUGGGGCUCUCGGCCCGCCACAUCGCCGAACCCCAACGCCAAGGGGCGCUCCAAGUACUUUGCCAACGCAGGUCCGCGUCCUCACAGCGCAAACAAUCGCUCGUUGAACGCACCCUCUAGCGCGCCGCCACGCAGGUCGAGCAGAGGCGCCCGCGUCGCCGUGCCGAGCUCGUCGUCGCCUGCUCUGCCCGUGCCGCCGGCGCCGACCCGACUGCGCAACCCGCUCGAGCCGGGCACGGCCAUGUAAUGGCGCCUCGCCCUGCUCCACCAAAAAGCGCCUACCUGGACUGCCUCGCCUUCUUCGUCACCGCCCUCGACACUCUUCGCUGCCCUCUUCCGCCCCCCUUUCAAUGCGCGCGUUGGCCGCUACGUGCCUUUCUAUGCCAUUCCU